AUGGCUUCUUCAGUUCGUGCCUUGACGUCCAAGGGGCGCUUGACUCCUCUCUGCAGAAUCCGUGCUUCUGCUCCCACAAUCUCCCUUCAGAAGCGCAGCAAUGCCACGACAGUGCCAUUCAGAUUACCAGCUGCUCGCAACGAGCCCAACCCCACAUACACAAAAAACUCCCCAGAGAGAGCAAAGGUCGAAGCUGCCCUUAAGAAGCUCCGCUCAGAACUCCCCGUGAAGAGCGAGAUCAUCUUCAACGGCGUCUCCCAAAAGAUCCACGCCAACGAGGACCAAGUCCUCCCCGCUGAGCACGCCACCAAAUUCACUAACUACCCGCUCGCCAGCAAGGAGCAGGUCAAAGCUGCAAUUGAUGCCGCUCUCAAAGCAAAGCAGAGCUGGCAGGACACGCCCUUUGUUGACCGCGCCGCCAUCUUCCAGCGCGCUGCUGAGCUUGCUACCACCAAGUACAGAUAUGAGCUUAUCGCCUCAACUAUGCUUGGCCAGGGCAAGAAUGUCUGGCAGGGCGAGAUCGAUGCUGCGGCUGAGUUGGCGGAUUUCUUCCGUCUGGCGGGACAUUACGCUGCUGAGAUUAUGAGCAAGCAGCCUGAGCGUGGAACAGACGGUAUCUGGACUCGUAUCGACUACCGACCUCUUGAGGGUUUUGUUUAUGCCGUUUCACCCUUCAACUUCACCGCUAUCGGAGGUAACCUGAUCGCCCCCGCCAUUCUCGGUAACGUAGUCCUCUGGAAGCCUUCGCAGUACAACAUCCACCCCAGCACCAUCAUCUACAAGAUCCUCCAGGAGGCUGGUCUUCCCAAGGACGUUAUCCAGUUUGUUCCUGGUGAUGCGGCUGAGAUCACCGAGACUGUCCUUGAGCACCCUGAGUUCGCUGGUUUGAACUUCGUCGGUUCUUCAGAUGUCUUCCGCUCUAUCUACGGCAAGAUCGGACAGGGUAUUGCUGAGAAGCGAUACCGCGAUUUCCCCCGCGUUGUCGGUGAGACCUCCGGCAAGAACUUCCACCUCGUUCACCCUUCGGCCGACAUCACCAACGUUGUCAACCAUACCAUCCGUGGUGCUUUCGAGUACCAGGGCCAGAAGUGCUCCGCCACAUCCCGCGCUUACGUUCCUGAGUCUCGUGCUAAGGAGUUCUUCGACCUCUUCCAGCAGAAGAUCAAGCAGAUCACCAUCGGAAACCCCGACAAGGACUUCGAGGCUUUCAUGGGCCCUGUCAUUCACGGCCGAUCUUUUGAGAAGAUCAAGAAGAUCAUUGAUGAGAGCAACAAAGACCCCCAGGUCAAGCUCAUCGCUGGUGGCGAGUACGAUGGUUCUGUGGGAUACUUCGUGAAGCCUACUGUUUACCAGGUUGACUCUCCUGACCACCGCCUCUUCAACGAGGAGAUCUUCGGUCCCGUCUUGGCUGUCUACGUCUACAAGGACUCUGAGUUCACACCUCUCCUCAAGAACAUCGACCAGAACGGCGGUGGUCUCGCUUUGACCGGAGCUGUCUUUGCUCAAGAUCGUGCUGCUCUCCGCGAGGCUGAGAACGCCCUUCGCUACUCUGCUGGAAACUUCUACCUCAACUGCAAAACAACUGCUGCCCUUAUCGGCCAACAGUCUUUCGGUGGUGCUCGAAGCUCUGGCACGAACGACCGAGCUGGCAGCCCUGACAUGCUUCGACGAUUCGUUUCUCCUCGUCUUGUCAAGGAGGAGUUCUUUGAGCAGAACGGUUUCCUCUAUCCUUCCAACACACAAUAG